AUGGACGACGACUACGAUUCCGGCGAGGAUAUCAUCGCCACAUCAAAUGGUGCUAUAACGACUACAAACGAAUUAUCUCGUCGUAAAAGGAAGCGCGCAAAACGAGAGGCUGUACAGCUAGAAGAAAGUCGGGUGGAAGUUCCUGCGAAGAAAUUACGAACAUCACCGGAUGCAGGGUCUGCGCCGACAAAGGGAUCUAAUAAACCGACAAAGUCGAAGGGAAAUAACGGAGGAAAACAAGAUGCGAAAGGGAAAGGAAAGGGGAAUGGGAAAGGAAAACCUAUGGCGAAAGAUGGUGGGAAGGAAGAUGCAUCUAGCAUCGACGACUCGAUAGUUAUGAUGGAUCCCAAGAUCAUGGCGGAUUUUGUCGCCCAGAGGAUACAGAAGUUCAAUAAGGACCUAUCGACAGUUGAGCUAGGAGAUCGCAUUCCAUCAGAAAGCAUUUAUAUCGACACAACAGCUCACACCGCUGAAAGAUCACUCCAGAACCUCUGCGAAUACAUGGAGAAGUUCUGUACUAAGAAAGGCCAAUCCUCAAUAUCCCACCUCAAAUCCUCUCCAAAAGCUGCCGGCUCUCCUCAUACAAUCUUCAUAUGCCCCGCUGCCCUCCGUGCCGCCGAUGUCGUUCGCAUCAUGAGAAAAUACCAAACAACAGACUCUCAAAUCGCCAAAUUCUUUGCGAAGCACGUCAAACUCUCCGAACACAUCGAGUAUGCGAAAAAGACGAGAAUAGGUAUUGCCGUGGGGACACCUGCUCGACUUGUCGAUCUGAUCAAGGAUGGCGCGCUGCAGAUAAAGUAUGUGCAGAGGGUGGUGCUGGAUGUUAGCUAUUUGGAUGCGAAGAAGAGGGGUUUGUGGGAUAUCAAGGAAGUUCAGGAUAAACUUGUAGAGUUGCUGGCAGUUGAGGGUGUAAGAAGGAGGCUAGAAGGCGGUGGUGAGGAGGACUCGAGAGGGUUGAUGUUUUAUUAG